AUGGAGACUGCCAGCGAGAGCAGCGUCGACAUGCUCAUGGAUGCCUGCGCGAUCGCCUUGGGCGGCUCGCUCCCCCUCCUGCAUGUCAAGGGAUGCUCCGCCCUCCUGCAGCCGAUCCACGACGUGCUGGACGAGGUCACGAGCGAGGACUUGGGCAUGGAGCAGCGCGGCACCGACGGGAGCAGCAGCGCGGUGGAGAUGUACAGAGGAAGGAGCUUCUCCGUGACCGUCCUCUCCCUGCCCCCCGGUGCGUCCCUUCCCAUGCAGGACCUGCAGGACAUGUUGAUGAUUUACAAAGUCUUGAGGGGAGAAGUCAGGAGAAAAGUCUACCGCAGGGUAGAAAGAUCCCUUCCUCUCAAGCGAAAGUCUCGAAGGUGGGGCAGGGAGCACAACGAAGUUCAGGUCUGCCAACAAGGAGAGGAGGAGAUCAUCGAUGCCUCCACGACGAGCUCAGCCGAGCUUGACGACAGCUCUCUGCUCCUCUUCACAGCCAAGACGGCAGCCGUCAUGGUGCAGAUCGUAGCUUCUUCGACAGGCGCUCACCAGCGGGCCAAGUUCUUUGUGCUCGGGACGAAAGAGGAGGAGGAGUUGAUCAAGGAGGAGGGGGAGGCAGCGCGCAGGCACGUCCUGAACCCGUUGGAUAGGCCAGGGAUCCCAAGGAAGAGGUAUUGA